AUGGAGCUUAAAACUUUGAUGUCGGUGGUCUUACUGCUACUAGCAAUGAUCCGAAUAGCAGUUUCUUGGGCUGAUAAAAACAGCCUACAAGAUGCAAUGGCGCUUAUGGAAUUUAAGUCGACUGUCUGGUACGAUCCACUAAAUACUUUUGCGACAUGGCAGGCCACUGGGGUACUAGGCGAGCACCCAUGUAACUUUAAGGGUGUCGAAUGUGAUAUGCGUCGCAUGAGGAUAAAGUAUGUAGAUAUCUCGGGAUGCCAGCUGCGAGGGAUUGUUCCUUCAGUACUCGGUAACAUAACGCUGGCUUGGGGAUUUAACCUUAGUCACAAUGAGUUUAUUGGGACAAUUCCUAGAGGCUUUGGGAGGAUGCCAAAUCUUAAAUAUCUCGACCUGAGCAACAACUUUCUCACGGGGUUUAUGCCAACCGAUCUUGCCAAGCUGCAGUUUUUAAACUUCUACAGCCUCGCAAAUAACCAGCUUACGGGCUUCCUUGGCUUCCUCAACAUGUCGAGUCUUAGACGUCUUGAUCUGUCUAACAACAGUUUUAGGGGACCCGUUCCAGAAAGUUAUGGUACAUUACUGCCUAACCUCACCCAAUUAGAUUUGUCAAGGAAUAAGCUCACCGGUCCGAUACCCAAAUCACUUGGAUAUUUAGAUGACCUUCGCAGGCUUGACCUCUCUCGCAACUUGCUUACUGGCAACAUUCCUUACUCGCUCGCUAUGGCAACAGGACUUAAUAUGCUCAGACUAAAGUAUAACUUUCUUACAGGGAUUGUUCCAGACACUGACACCAUGCGCUUGUUUGCAAAAGCCUUUUUCCCUGGAAAUGAUGGACUCUGUGGACCAGUGGUAGAAAGAGCAUGUCCAAGCUCGCAGGUCUGGAAGCAAGUCGUUAUGGGACUGUUUCUUCCUCCACUAAUACUUUCAGUCGUUACUGGAGUAGUGUAUUUGGUGGCUCCUCCGGACGAGUUCUCACUUUCAACUAUCAGGAGCGUUACGGAUAACUUUAACAACAAUAAGAUUCUCGGUGAUGGAGGUCUGUGCACGAUUUACAAAGGCGUCUUUCUAAAUGGUAAGACAGUAGCUGUAAAGCGGCUCCGGCCUGAGUAUUACAAUGACAACAACAAGAUCUUUGACGAGGAACGUAGGUUUUUGAAAGCCGUGAAUCAUCCAAACAUUGUCAAGUACCUUGGAGCGUGUUCCAGUCCAAGGCUUAAGGUCUUGGUGUACGAGCAUAUGGCCAAUGGAACCUUGGAUAUGCACUUACACAAGGAAAGAGGAGGCCUGUCAAGCUUGUCAUGGAGUUCACGAAUGAAUAUCGCUGCUGGAGUGGCACAGGGGUUGGCGUAUUUGCAUGAGUAUGCUACAGACAUUGAGCCUACUACCGAGGGAGAAGUUUUCAGCUUUGGUACUUUACUUAUGGAGCUCUUGACAGGGACAGAACCAGCAGCUCCAGUAGAAAAUGAUGUUGAAGGUGGCCUUCAAGGAAUUAUGGAACGAGCUUUCCCCGAUAAUCUCCAGUCUGUACUUGACCCAGCUAUUAUGGGUGGAGCCUCCUAUGAUCAAAUUGUCUUGUGUACAAAGAUAGCUUUAGAUUGCACCAAGGCAAAUCCCGAGGAAAGACCAAAGAUGGAGGAUGUUCUUAGGAUGUUUGAGCAAGCGUACUCUGUCGGCCCAGCAGUUCCCAGUGGUAGUCCUCAGACGCAUCUGAUUUUUUUGGUGGAAGGGCUGAAAUUGGCCGGGCUGCUUCAAUGGCAACAACGGGCAUCUUGGGCGGCUCCGGCGGAGCAGUACAGGGCCUUGGAGGACUACGCACCAGGAAUGGCUGAGGCUUAG